UGCUAUAAAUAAAAUGACACACCAUGAGAUUCCAAUCCAGUCAUUUCAAUUUAUUUUUUAUUAAAAAAUUUGCAGACACUUACAAUAGUAUCGGCAAGAUUCUGAAAUCCAGAUUCAAGCCUCUGUAUCUGUUCUGCGAUUCUCCGAGGAAGAAGUUCUUCUUGGUUAGUCUCUACGCCGCAUUGAAGAAGAAGAAUACCGAUUUGCGCGAAAGGGACUGUUUAAUUCUGGAACAAUACAACUGGUUUCUCGUACCGGAGCCGUCAGAUCAAUCAAUAGCUAUUUCCACAGCCGGCAACAAGUCGACCAUUAUGGAGCUGGAAGCUGGCAGGCAACUUCUGCGGAUUCACAGCCGCUCGGACUCCGGUCUAACGAUCAUUUCUUCGAACACGGAUUUCCGUCUUGGAGAUCGAGCAACUGUGCAACGGCUGAUGACCUCGGAAUCCGGCAGGACCGAGCAAACGUCGAAAAUAAUCAGCGACAACCUCUGCAGAGCUUAUCGAUCGUUUGGAACAAAGGAUUAUCCAGCAAUGCUGGAAAAUUUUUAUCGAAGCUACAUGCCCAGCUUGCAGUUUAUUCCGUCAAGAGAAAAUAAAAAUUUUCGAACGCUAAUACACAAUUCCUUCAUGGAAGAACAAAUUCGAUUGGUCAAGGAGACUGUUCCCGACGAAGAAGUCGAAGACACUCUUCACGCUUUGAGGGUAUUUUUUUUAAAUCCGCAUAUUAGAUCAGAAUACCUUGAUUUAUUGACAAAUCAGAAGACUAUUCGUGACCGUACGAUAAAGGAAACUUCAAAAAUAUGGUUCGACAUAUCACGCAACAGUGAAGAAGUUUUCGAUCAAGCAGCGACGACGAUUCAAUCCUUCCUCAAAAUGGUUAUCAUAAAGGGAUAUAAGCAACUUCAUAAUCCUGAUCACGUUCUGUACACGCAGACUCGAGAACGGCUCCUGAAGAUAUCCGAUCUAUUCGACUUAUCCCUCGCAAGUCGGUUACUGAGGAACGUCAUCAAUCGCCAUAGUAGCCUGCGCGAUCUGUAUCCUUGUUCCAAAGACUUCAUACACGUUUUGAAUAUUCAGGAGUGCAGAGAAGUUCUGAGAAACGUCAGGCACGAACAGUGGUUCCCGAUUGUCAGACUCGUCGUUAAUCCCAAACCCGGGGAGACGGUUCUCGCGGCCUUUGAGUUGCUGAUCGAUCUCCCUCGUUUCGCGCUGCGUGUCUUCAACAACCGAGAUGGACGCGAGUUGACGCGUCGCGUGAACCAUGUGAUUCCGGCUUAUUACGAGCAUCUUCCGGAUGGUUACACGGUGUUUGCUUACGGCUGGAGCGACAGGCAGCACUUUAAAGAGCUCGAUUGGACGAUUCGCGUGGUCACUAUGAAAGGUGACCCAAUGUUUCAUCAAUUGGGCGAACAGCGGCCUUUGUCCUUGGAGACCAAACCACCCAGACUGACGGUCGACGAGUUAGUCGGUACAUACAUCCCGAACGCGAGAAGUUGUAUCUCGCGGUGGACACUGCGAACAGCUGUGGAGAGAAGCAUCGUUUCGAUAAGAUUAACAGCUUCCUACAAUCUGACGGAGAUCAACGUAAAAGUUCUCGAUGAAGAUGACAAUAUUUUGGUUGACGUGGACGGUGGUUCGACGGUCUUGUUACCCUUGGUGAUCUUGAGGAGCGCCGCCGUAAAUGCUAAAGCGUACAAGACUGAAAAUGAGAAUCCAGAAAUUAAUAAAGAGUUAAAAAUGUCAGAGAAGAGAAAAAGUUUGUAUUACAUAGAGGCUUUUGUGCUCAACAACAGUUGGCCCCUCACAGAUGUCGAGUGGACAGUCGCGGGCCAAGCAAAGGUGAAGAGUGCGAGAGAUGUCACAGCGAAGACACAAUCUGGGAAAGCAUCAUCGAGUUCUGGCUUGUCAAUGAAAAAGGACACGAAACAGUUUGCGAAUGAAAGACAAGCUUUGGAACCGCCAUAUUGGAUUCUCCAGAUUGUCACUGAUGCUCGGGACGCUGUAGAGAUCUGCGAGGACAAAAGCAGAGAGCAAGAAAUUGUACUUCUGAAAGAGUCCUGGUGGUCGAAGGAUCCAAAUCGACUCGAAUGUGGAAAGAACUUGCGAGAAGCUUUUCUCAAUGCGCACGUCUCGAAAACAGAACCUGAUGCGUCGUCGAAUAGGAACAAGAUACAGCUGAAAUUAAUAGAGGACGAAGACACAGCGUUUUGUCUGUCGCACACAAGGCAAUAUAGAACCUUGAAACCACCAGAAUCUCACCGUCUAUCUGCUCUGGACCUAACGAGAUACAUGAGACGAGACGAGAUCGCGAAGCGUCGUUGGAUAAAGACGAAAAGCGACGAUGAAAUAUUCAAGAAUCAACAUACCGCCAGUAUCGUCGACAGUCAAACGAAUUAUUCCGGUUACUUGGAGAACUUGAGUGCACUAAUGAACAAGCAACUGCAGAGGUACGUUAAGCGCCUCGAGAAGAAGGAGGAGAAUUUCCGGCAGAGAAGAACUCUCGUGGGCGCUGCUUGCGAAACGAGAAAGAAUUAUAUUGAUAGUUUGAUAAUCGAGAAAGCGAAAAAUAAGACAAAAAGGAAAAAGAAUUGAGAAGAUCCCGUCUUAUAAAAUGAUACGAUAAUUGGUCGAUUACAUUUACGAGCACUGUGAUUUACUAAUUAUACACCCGCAAAUGACUAAGGUCUUAAAAAAUUUUAAUAACAUAAGCUGUAUCGAAUUAAUGAAUAAAUAUAAGAUAAAUUAAAUUACCGGCUGUUAUAGCAAGCAGAAACGCGCAACUUGCCGGCGAGAGCCGAACGAAGUGAUAUUUCAGUAGCUGCUACGUCGAGAGCGCUGUUCACUUGAGAGGCACACUCGCUUCGCGUUGAUGACUGUCCAGGAUCCACCUUUUAAUGACGCCUAUCUGGCCGUCCAAGAAAGAAGUAACGGCGAUUCGUCCCGCCCAUUUUUCAUCCGGGACCAGUCCACGCGGUCUAGCAGGAUUAUUAUGAAACUGCGAGAGGAGACGUCUACGAGAGAGGGUGAUCCAAGACGUACAGUGGACACGAUAAACGGUCUCGAGUACUGGCAACGUAUUUAUCCACCAUAAAAUUUCCCAUUGGUUCUGGUGAAUCAACAAACAAACCCACUUUCGAUUUCAGCCUCAAAUUGAAUGCUAAAUUUUGAUCUUAAUUUCGAUUCCCACUGUGAACUACAUUGUUAACAUUAUUUUCAAGAUCUACUUCAAUCUAAUUGCGAUCUGAGUUUCAAUUUUUGUCCCAUUGUCAGUUUGAUUAUAUUUUUUUACGUUUCAGCGAAGUCGCGCCUUCGGCUUGGUACAAUUCUUCAGUUCGAAUCAGUUUGAGUUUUAUCACUUCUCGAUUCGAAUAUUGCGACCAAUCGAGCCCGUCUAUUGUACACGCUAUACGCUGUAGUAGCUUACACGCUGAUUGCAGGUGCAGCUGCUACUGCAUUCAGGAUCGGCGUCAGCCCAGCUAGUAAUCACUGUCGAUCAUGUUUGUGUUAGGCGAUCUUGUCUGUCGCGCAGCGAAUUACAAUUACGGCGUAUCGCUGCAUCACGCACAAGUGCGUAUGUACUCGCGUUGAAUACUGUAUUCUGGGUAUUUAACCUGAGAACACAUAACUUGAGAACCGAUUUGAUUCCGCUGUUUCAAGCGCCGUGGAACUAUUUCGAAAAUUAGAAUAAGAGAUUAUUUAAACGAACCAGUAUAAUGCAGUAAAUAAGAAAUAUGACAAUAAGUAUAUUGAUAAAGGAAUUAACAUUUGUCACUAAAAUGUGGGACAAUUAUGGGCAAUACAUACGUAACAAAAAUAGUACAUAUAUUUAGAAAUAUUUUAUAACAGAAAGCUAAAAAUUCUUCCAGCAUAAAUGGAGAACGAUCCUCUAAUAUAAGAUAGGCUUCUAAUACGAGAUAGCGGAGUUGCGGGUAAAU